AGAAUACGAUUAAGACGUCAUCGUUAGUGCUACCGGCAGAAUACUAGUUCGCUUUUGAGCAAACGCUUAGCUGGUUGCUUUUGUUGAGGGUUGGAUGCUAGCCAGUUCAAGGAAACAUAUACAAUAAUUCGUUGAAAACAAAGACGUGAUGAGAAGUCGAUCAUUCAUGCGCCUUGUUGAAUGAUUAUUGGAAUUAAAUUAUUAAUCCCCCCCUAACUUCAACAAUUGAGGCAUUAUUAUCUGCCGAAGGUUAGUGGGCUAACGUUAGCUGAUUAUACUAGCUUAGCUAGCUCACAUAGUUAGCUAGCAAGCCUGCUAAUUUUAAAAGAUUAUUCGAAACACAAAAAUAACACAGGAAUAGUAUGGCAGAAGCCGAUAAAUUAAACAUCGACUCCAUCAUACAGAGACUUCUGGAAGUGAAGGGCUCCCGACCUGGCAAAAAUGUGCAGCUGACCGAGAAUGAGAUUCGGGGCCUCUGCCUCAAGUCCCGGGAAAUCUUCCUCAGUCAGCCAAUCCUGCUGGAGCUCGAGGCACCACUUAAGAUUUGUGGCGAUGUCCACGGCCAGUACUACGACCUGCUGAGGCUCUUUGAGUAUGGAGGCUUCCCCCCAGAGAGCAACUACCUGUUCCUGGGGGACUAUGUGGACCGGGGGAAGCAGUCGCUGGAGACCAUCUGCCUGCUGCUGGCCUACAAGGUCAAGUACCCGGAGAACUUCUUCCUGCUGCGGGGCAACCACGAGUGUGCCUCCAUCAACAGAAUAUACGGCUUCUACGAUGAGUGUAAGAGGCGGUACAACAUCAAACUUUGGAAGACCUUUACCGACUGCUUCAACUGCCUGCCGGUGGCAGCCAUCGUUGACGAGAAGAUCUUCUGUUGCCAUGGAGGACUGUCCCCUGACCUCCAGUCUAUGGAGCAAGUGAGGCGGGUGAUGCGGCCCACGGAUGUGCCUGACCAGGGCUUGCUGUGUGAUCUGCUGUGGGCAGACCCGGACAAAGAUGUGCUGGGGUGGGGGGAGAAUGACCGCGGCGUCUCCUUCACCUUCGGUGCUGAUGUGGUCACCAAGUUCCUUCACAAGCAUGACAUGGACCUCAUCUGCAGGGCCCAUCAGGUGGUUGAGGACGGAUACGAGUUCUUUGCCAAGAGGCAGCUGGUUACGCUGUUCUCUGCCCCCAACUACUGUGGCGAGUUUGACAACGCGGGAGCCAUGAUGAGUGUUGAUGAGACCCUCAUGUGCUCCUUCCAGAUCCUCAAGCCUGCAGACAAGAAGCUGUUCUACGGUGGUGGUGGCGGCAUGGGGUCGGGACGCCCAGUCACUCCCCCCAGGAAAGCCAAGAAAUGACACCCUCCUCACAACCCCCACCCCUUCAGCCUCCACCUGCGCCCCCGCCUGCCCUGUCUACCUCUCUUUCCCCUCUCUUCACCAAACAGCCAGAAAUCGAAACCAGUACCCAGGGUUUUUUUUCCUUUUUUUAAAAAAAAUAUCGUAAUUCCUUAAGAAAAACAUUGAACUGUCUACGAGUGGUUGCGCGAGAGAAUGAAACAUGCAAUGCGUGUGCUUCUGUCUGCGAGCAUUAAAAAGUAUGUGUGGGAGAGUGAAAUUGUGUGUGUUCAUUAUGUGCGAACAUGUGAGAGAUUUGUACUAUCCUCUUCUCUUACCACUUUGCCCCAUUUCAAAGAAUGAAACUGUAGUAUUGGUCUGUACAGUAAUUGUGACUGGUAAAUAUACCGGGUUCAGGAGACCAUGGAGACAGCUGACCUGAUGAAUUUAACAGCAAACUCCCAAAAACAGAUGGCAUGCGCAUGUGUUUGUGCAAAGGGGGGGAAUUUGUUUGUUUUUCCCAGUCCCCUGUACUGUAAAAUGUCAAACACAGAUGUCUGUGGUUUUGGGUGUACACCAUGUGACUUCUCCCGUUUUAAGACGUUCUAACGUCCUCGAGCAAGAGAAGCUUAGCGAGUCAGUUGUCUCAACGGAAAUCGCCCUCCACAUGCACCCACUCACCCUUUUCAGAUUCAUACAAGCUAGAACUGUAAAAAAGACCACACAAUUUAGGUUUGUACAGAUUUGAUUACUUGAAAGAGAUUUUUUGUGAAUUCGUUUUGUAGUCUUUCAUCAAGUUGACCAAUAAAGCGAGAAUCUGAAUUAAGUUCUA